UUACAGCACGUAACAUGACAACGAUAUGCAUUGCUCUGAAUGACAUUUUAUUCACCUUCGAUUAUAGCAAUACGACAUCUACAUCAGAUCCUAAACAAGAUUCUUAUAGUAAAGAAGCUUAUAUAGUUCGUAGUGAAUAUUUACCAGUUCUUGAAGAAUCACCAUUUCAAGUUGUAGGAGCUGAGGUUAACGCUAAUGGCAAUAUAUUGCUUCUUGUAACUCAG